AUGGGCAACCAACCAAUGAAAACAAUUAUGGAGCCUCCAACUUUCGGUGUAUGUCAAAUUAAUAAUCGUGGAAUGGCAGCAGAAAUGCGUCAAAAAGAUGAUAAUCAAAAGAAAGCAACAAAUACACCAUUACUCGAUGUUGAAGAUCGUCGUAAAUUGAAUAAAGUAGUACAUUGUGAAAAUUUUGGUAAAUGUCAAGAUAAAUCAAACGAUGUAUCCGAUAUUAAAAAAAAAUAUGGUCUCUGA